UGUAAAUUUACAAAAUGUUUUUUGGAUUCGCAUGUUUCUGUUUGGUUGAAAAAUAACUCUUCUGGCAGCAAGAAAAAGCUCCACCUUACGAAAGCUUCCCUUUUAAGCACGGCGUCUUGUUAGAAUACACAGUCUGUUUCACAAUCUUUCUUGGGCCGACGAGAGACGCUCAUGACAUUCCUCAACAUGACAACUGAGAGCUACCUUGAUUACGACAACAUACAGAACGGCAAGUACUCAGUCUGCAGUAAUAUCAAAUUAAAGGCCUUCAGCCGAGUCUUCCUACCUACCCUUUAUAGCAUCGUCUUCAUCUCUGGGUUAAUUGGCAAUGGCCUGGUGCUGUGUGUCCUGGUCAAGUGCCACAAAAGGUCCAACAUGUCAGAUCUGUGUCUCUUCAACCUGGCUAUUUCAGACCUCCUCUUCCUGAUCUCAUUGCCUUUUUGGGCUCACUACGUUGCCAUCUCUGAGUGGAUCUUCGGGAUCUUCAUGUGUCAUGCAGUGACAGCGCUCUACAUGCUGGGAUUCUAUGGAAGUAUCUUCUUCAUGAUCCUCAUGACCAUUGACCGCUACACUGUCAUUGUCCACACUUACACCUCCCUCUUCUCCAAACACCGGUCUAUCAGAGCUGGCAUAGCCCUGGCUUUGUUUAUAUGGGCACUUAGCUUGGGAGCUUCUCUGCCAAACAUCAUUUUCUCUCAAGUGAAGAAUGAAUCACAUGGAUGGACAUGCAAAGAGGAAUAUCCUGAAGGAUCAGCGUGGAAGCCAUUCUCUUACAUUGAGCUGAACAUCCUCGGCUUGAUCAUUCCUCUCUCAGUGAUGGUGUUCUGCUACUCACAUAUCAUCCCCAUCUUAAUGACGAUGAAAUCUCAGAAGAAACACAAAGCUGUCAAGCUCAUGCUGGUCUUAGUCAUUGUUUUCUUCCUCUUCUGGACGCCCUACAACAUCGUCAUCUUCCUGAAGCUCCUGCAUCACUUGGGCUACAUGAGCACCUGUCAGUGGCAUCAGGACCUGAGCAUGGCUAUGCAGUGGGUGGAAACCAUAGCGUUCAGUCACUGCUGCCUCAACCCCAUAAUCUACGCCUUUGUGGGGCAGAAAUUCAGAAAUUUAUUUCUAAAGAUCCUGAAAGAAUGGUUUCCUCUUUGCUUUGGGCAUUGCAUGACAACUGAGUUCUCAGAGAGGAGGACCAUUAGGUUUUCACGCACCUCAGUGAUUUCCAGCUCAAAGUCAAAUUCAAUAUUGUAAGCAUUAUCACGUUUAAUGAACUAUUAAGUCUUAUUAUGUCUCUUUUGUCAGUAUUUCAGUUGUCGUACUGUUUGGACAGUGUAAGCAAUGUGAAGUAAAGUUACUAAUACUGUUGUUAAGUACUAUUUGUUGAUUAUUUUCUGAUAUUGAUAAUGUAAAAUGUCAUGCUGUUUUACUUGUUAAGAGAGAACAAUGAACACUGUA